CUUAGCUUGCCUGCAUGCUGCAUUUCCCUGUUUAAAGACGUUGAUAUCAAUUUGACAACAACGUUAUUAUCAGAUAGCAAAGCAGACGACCAAUAUGAAAACCAAAUUAAUCAAAAGGAAAACGAAAAGUGACAGUACAACAGAACGUGAAUUCUUCGGUUAUCGUUUGAAACGUUAAGCAAUGAAUAGCCAUCUUUCUUACAAGUUUCUCAUAACCGGUGGCGGUGGUUAUAUCGGUUUCCACAUAGGUCUGCAACUUCUUGAGCUUCAACAUGAAGUCACACUCUUUGACACCAAUUAUCCUUCCAAAAAGUGGGAUCCAAAUAUGAGUUAUUUUCAUUCUGCAAAUGGAAGUGAUGGCUGUAAUAGAGAACACAUAUCUUGUUCAUAUGGGACUAUGACAUUUAUUAAAGGAGAUGUAAGGGACAUCACCCUACUAAUGCAGCUUACACAACACAUGACUUGUGUCAUCCAUACUGCUUCCUAUGGUAUGUCUGGACGUGAGCAAAUGCCACCCUAUUUUGACAAAGUGGAAGAAGUUAAUGUCCAGGGCACACGGAACGUCAUCGAGGCAUGCGCACACAAUCAUGUCAGAGGUCUGGUUUACACAAGUACCUACAACGUCGUCUUUGGCGGAGAUGCCAUAAUCAACGGAGACGAAAGUCUACCUUACUUUCCCUUACAUCGUCAUGUUGAUCACUAUUCUCGUACGAAAUCGAUUGCCGAACAACUGGUUCUGGUUAGCAACGGACGCCAUGAUCUACAGACGUGCGCGUUAAGAUUAGCUGGUGUUAUAGGACCAGGCGAAUCAAGACACUUACCGCGUGUGCUGGAUGCCAUCCGUAAGGGCCUAGUUCGGUUUAAUUACUAUGAUUCACACGGUGGCAAGGUCGAUUUUAUUGGAAUAGAAAAUGUAGUUCAAGGGCAUGUGAAAGCUGCAUUGAAAUUGUCUGAUCCAGAUCGAGAUAUUCCUGGAAUAGGGGGUGAAGCAUUUUUUCUUUCCGAUGGUUGUCCCGUAAAUAAUCUUGAAUAUUUCAAGCCAUUAAUGGAAUACUAUGGCCAACCAUUUCCCACUGCUAAAUUACCCAUGUGGUUUAUGUAUAUACUUGUGUUUUUAGUUCAUUUUGUUUAUAGCGCCGUUUACCGGUUUUUCGACUUUACUCCAUUUCUUACGCCUACGGAACUUUACAAAACAGGUGUUACCCAUUACUUUUCUGUAGACAAAGCUAGGAAGAGGCUGAACUAUCAUCCGGUGAAACCUAACGAUUUGUCUGAAAUUAUAAAUAGUUUGCCUAAAACUUCGUGAGUUUCCCUGUUUCCCUGGUAAAUCGACGUUAACAGUACAAUUUCUCUAAGAUUUUUUAUUGAGAAUUUCUUUGUCGCCUAUUACACUGCUGUGAACAUGAAAUCUGAAAGGAUAGGGUUCAUCAUGUUUUGUUGUAAUGCUACAAAUUAUUGGGACCUCUUU